AUGUCCACUACUGAGGACAAGAGUACGUCCACUACUGUGGACAGGAGCAUGUUCACUACUGAGGUCGACGGGAGCAUGUCCACUAAUGUGGAGGACAGGAGCAUGUCAACUACUGAGCACGAUAGGAGCAUGUUCACUACUGAGGACAACAAGAGCACGUCCACUACCGAGCGCUGGAACACGUCCACUACUGUGGUCGACAGGAGCAUGUCUACUACUGAGGACGACAGGAGCAUGUCCACCAAUGUGGAGGACAGGAGCAUGUCCACUACAGAGGACGACAGGGGCAUGUUCACUACUGAGGACAACAAGAGCACAUCCACUACUGAGGGCAGGAACACGUCCACUACUGAGGUCGACAGGAGCAUAUCUACUACUGAGGACGACAAUAGCACGUCCACUACUGAUGACAGGAGCAUGUCCACUACUGAGGACAACAAGAGCACGUCCACUACUGAUGACAGGAGAAUGUCCACUACUGAGGUCGACAGGAGCAUAGAUGACAAGGACAAUUCUGGUGAUGGCAGAAACGAUUCUGCUAACAAUGGUACAUCACGUGAUGGCGAUGACAAGAGCAAAAUAAUCGCUGAUGAUGAGAAGAGCAUGUCCACUGCUAGUGAUGAGCGGAACAAUGCUUCAUAUUUUGAUGACAGCAGCAAGAUAACACUGCUGAUGAUAUCAGUGAUACCAUACCGACAGACAGACAGAACUGCUGACAACACGUUUACGAGGGAAUAG